GGGGUGGAGCAGCAUGGGAGGGCAGGUGGAGGUUAAGGUGAAAAUACCUUUUGGAAACAAGUAUCUCGAUGCUGUCUUUUCUGUUCCAGAGAAGAAACCAACAUAUGGAGUGAUUCUUACCCAUGGAGCUGGAGGGGAUAUGAACUUCCCUCACUUAGUGUCUUUGGCAGCCUGUCUUGCAUCCCAUGGAGUCCUGUGCCUACGAUUUACUUGUAAAGGCCUUAACAUUGCUUAUAGGGCUAAGGCCUUCAAAACAGUUGUGGAAUACCUAAAGCUUUCUGAUGAUUAUAAACUUUCAGGUGUCUUCCUUGCAGGCCGCUCCAUGGGCUCACGAGCUGCUGCAUCUGUGGUACGUCAGCUUAGCCAGGGUGAUGAUGAUGAUGACUUCGUUCAAGGUCUUGUAUGUUUAUCUUACCCAUUGCAUCGACCAAAACUUCAGUCCAAGCUCCGGGAUGAAGAUUUAUUGUUGAUCAGGUGUCCAGUGCUGUUUGUAUCAGGAUCAGCAGAUGAGAUGUGUGAAAAACAGUUGCUAGAAGGUGUGGUAAGCAAAAUGAAAGCCCCUAAAAAAAUCCAUUGGAUUGAUAAAGCAAACCAUGGGAUGGCAGUCAAAGGACGAACAGCAGAUGAUGUCAUGGAAGAAAUAAAUGCCCAAGUGUUUUCGUGGCUUAGAGAGAAUAUGGAACUGGAGCACAAAUGAUUUGCAGUGUUUAAGCAAUGUCUUCGCGUAGUUUUUCCUUAGUGUGGCAAAUUGCUUUUUUGUGAGGUGUAUUUUUUUUAAACAUAUGUUUUCAGAGGUCUAAGUGUAAAUGCAAAUAAAACUUUUUUUGUAUGAAUGAAAAAUAAUGCAGAACAAUAAAGACCUUUUUAGAGGACAGAAAGUUCACAAAAUAUUUAAAA